ACACGCUUGCCUUUCGUGGAAAUGUUUAGCUAAUUGAUAAUAAUAAGCUCUUAGCAGUGUAGUUUUUAGUAAUUCAUAUAUCUUUUUGUAACGAAUAUACCAGGAGGGAAUCUGUUAUUUGCCUCAAUACACUAUUCUGGUCAGUUUGCAAUUGUUUUCUGUUUGUUUCGCAAGAAUAAACUCAAACUGGACAGGCAUAACACAGCAUGGACACAGAAUGGAUUUAGUAAAGGUGUAAAGUUAAGGGAAAGUGUCGAGAGAUCAGCACUGUUUUGUUCAAAAUGUGGGUCAGCCUAAAUUUAAUUGCCAUCUAGUGAGAGCCGAAAGUGGUGGUCGAGAGUUCAAAUCCGGAUUUGGUGGGAAUGUGUGACUCUAGUAUUGGAAAGUACCGAUAAAUUUUCUCUCACAUCGUUGUUGUUAUGCGCUGAAAAUUGCUAUAUUUCCAUGAAUUUGGAGUAAAAGGUUUUCAAGAAUUGAGGAAUUUUAGGUUUUCUGCUUUCGCUUGGUAGUGUGAAAAAUGUAGAUAAUUUUCAGAUUUUAGAGUGUACACCGAAAACUGUAAAGUGUGUACAGCAAGAUGGAAAAUGUUCAAUGUACUCCGAAAAUAAAAUAUCUUUAGACGCAACGGGCACGGAAAUUGACUGAAUUUAUUGAACUAUUAAAGGCUAUGGCAGAAAUUUUAUUCGAUGAUGUGUAUGAUCUCUGCGAGAUUAUUGGAAGAGGUCCUUUUAGUUUAGUUCGGCGUUGUAUUCAUAAGACAACUGGUCAACAGUUUGCUGUUAAAAUUGUAGAUGUGGCAAAAUUUACUUCAUAUCCAGGGCUAAGUACAGAAGAUUUGAAAAGAGAAGCGACUAUAUGUCACAUGUUAAAACAUCCACACAUAGUUGAAUUAUUGGAAACAUACAGCUCAGAAGGCAUGCUUUAUAUGGUAUUUGAAUUUAUGGAAGGUUCAGAUUUAUGUUUUGAAAUAGUUAAACGAGCAGUCGCAGGUUUUGUGUACAGCGAAGCAGUUGCAAGUCACUACUUGAGGCAAAUCUUGGAAGCUGUAUGUUACUGCCAUAGUAAUGAUAUAAUUCAUCGUGAUAUUAAACCACAGAGUGUCCUUAUUGCUACCAAAGAAAAUUCUGCUCCAGUCAAACUAGGUGGCUUUGGAGUUGCUGUUCAGUUGUCCGGAAAUCAGUUAGUAAAUCCAGGCCGAGUUGGAACACCUCAUUUUAUGGCACCUGAAGUUGUCCAGAGGCAAUCAUAUGGCAAACCUGCUGAUGUGUGGAGUUGUGGAGUUUUGUUAUAUACAUUGCUCAGUGGAACAUUACCAUUCAUGGGGACCAAAGAAAGACUCUUCCAGAAUAUUUGCAGCGGACGACUUAAUUUGGCUGGGAAACAUUGGGAUAGUAUUAGUGAUUUUGCAAAGGAUAUGAUCCGUAGAAUGCUCACAGUUGAUCCUAUGUACAGAAUAACAGUAGAAGAAGCUCUUCAACAUUGGUGGAUUAAGUUAGUUUUUUCCAUCAGUUCUUUAGCUGUGCAUGUGAACAUGGAAAGUAAAGAUUCCAGUGCAGGUUGUGUUUCAAUAGCUGAGUUUUUUGCCAAUGGAGAAUCUGCUAUGUUACCACCAUAA